AUGCUUGCAAUUUGCGGAGAGUAUCUCCAAUUGGUGCAGCAAGAGAAAACGUUGCCACCGGAGAUUCAACUAACUGAGGUUGAAAAGGCGUGUAAUGAGAAAAAACAGAGGUUGAGAAGGGAGAUUGCGGCUGUCCUUUUUGCUGGUAAGGAUCAAAACGGAAAUGAAGAGAAAACACCUCUCAGAUGGUCAAAGUCUAUGGAGAUAGACUUGGAGGAUGUUAUAUCAUUGGCCAAAAAAGAUAGGAAACCGUUUCAGAUUCAGAACAUGCUUAAGAAGGUUGAUCUAAUCUAA